GCCUGCAACGGAGAAAAAACACACACACCACGGAAAAACAACCCCCUCCCCUUCAAAAAGUAAAGCUUUGAAUGUGGUGGAGUGGAGUCUAACUCCAAUGGGAAAAUUGCAUGAAGAAUGCAGAAGCAAGGAGACUUUUGCAGACAAGCACAUACCCCCCUCCAGCAUUAUUUAUGGAUUAAUAUUUGCAUUCACUUCUAUUAAAAUCCUAAGAACCCGUCCUUCUAGCUAUACUUUUGGCAGUACAUAACUAUGUAUUAGCCUAUUAUUGACCACCAUGCAUCAUCUUCCAUCUGAUUUUCCAGGUAGUCCAUGCAAGUUGGCUGCAAGCGACACUCUAUACGAGAAGAUGAACUGGGAAGGAGGACACAGGUGAGCACUAACAGUGGUGCACACAAUUAAGCACAACCAGCCUGGACCUUCCAUCUCAAAACAUACAACAGUCCAUGUUCAUUAGUUUGACGAUGGUCACACUUCGCUGGAAUUGCUUCCAUCACUGCUUCCGUCCAUCAUCCAUCCUUGCAGCCAUGAGCUCACAGGCUGCCCAACUGUCUUACCACUACAAAUCUUUCUGUGGAGACUAUGAAAGGGUGGAGACUGCACUCGAGAGGCUGGAGGCCAGUGGCUACUACUGGAGCACCCUCUCUGGCACUGAAGCCAAAAAGCUAUUAUCUGAUCAGCCUGUUGGAUCCUUUCUUAUCCGUGACUCUUCAGAUCAUCACCAUCUGUUUACCCUUAGCCUUCGCACAUCUGCUGGCAUUACCAAUCUACGUAUUAAACUGGAGGGAACUUCUUUCUACCUGGAGACAGUAGCAGGAGCAGAAAGUGCUCCAACAUUUCCUUGUGUGGUGAAGCUGGUUGAACAUUAUAUGCGCUUGACAGCAGCAGGAGAGUCUGACUCUAAUCUGUGCUACAUUGAAGGGAAAGAGCAUCCAGUCCCUCUUAUGCUUACACAACCACUAAAUUGCAAAGUGGUGUCUCUACAGUAUUUAUGCAAAAGGACAGUGGUGGCCAACAUGCCUGAAGAAGCGUCUGGAUCUGAUGAGAACCUGGAGGAACUUCCUGUGUCUAAGAUGCUUCGGAAUGCCUUUCAAAACUAGAUAUGUAUAGUUAAGCUGGAAAACAUUUCAGGAGAAACUAUUAAAGCGACCUCAUGGCACUCUCUUAAAUAAAUGCCUAAAGGACCCUUGUUUCCAUGUUUUGUAAUGUCCAGUAUGAGGUCAUACAGAAGAGUAAAAUGAAAAAUAGUUGAACUUAUUUAGACACCACAGAAAAUAUCUUUCCAAAGAAGAAAAAAAUCCUGGUGCAGAGAACAGUAGAUUAUUUCUUUAUAUAUAGAGAGUUGGCUUUUACCUAGAGGAAACACUUGGCUGUUAUUCAACUGCCUUGCAUUUUAUGUUUCUCACAUUUAUUUCCUUACUGUAUUAAUUUAUCAGCAUCUUGCAGACACAGUGAGAUAAGGAGCAUGACGUCUGUAAUGGAACAAUAUGUGACAUUAGACAAAAUAACAAGUUAAAAGGCAACAGAGAAACUAUACCCUUGAUACUUUCAGAUAUUAAAGGUAAUGAUUCUCUUGACAGUU